AUGCUCAAUAUAAAACAUCUCUUUUGUAACAUUCAGCCAGUAUUGAAAGAAUCAUACGAGACUCAAAAUGGUCCAUCGGUUGUUGAUAAGCGUUAUAUUCUUAGUGCAGUUUUUAGCGGUACAGUGUUAUCUAACUCAGUGAAAAGUUUCACAGUAACUAAAGCUAUGAUGUACCUACUCAGUAUGAAAUUGGAGAAAUUUAGAGACAGACUUUACUAUUUUGGAGCCAUAGUUCCGAAUUGUCAUUUGGCACGUUCUUCUCUUGAAGUAAAAACACUAGGCCAUGGUGAAAUACUCAUGAAUACCGUACCCAGUAUCGAAUUGGAGAAGUUUGAAGACAGUCUUUACUAUUUCGGAGUCAUAUUCAAGACAAACUACUACCGCGCGAUGCAGUUUUGCAAAUACCACGACAUGGAACUGUUGAGUAUAGAGAGUAAAGAAGAAAACGACUUCCUUCUAAAACAUGUACAAUCUCUCCGAAGACCGAUGGUUUUCAAAAAUUGGGGCCCGAACCAGCCAGAUAAUAAGAAUAAAACUGAAAAUUGCCUGGAAGUCAAGUACCACAAUCAGAUCAAGGAUCUGAUAUGGAACGACCGAGCGUGCAACGAAGAGGUGCACUGGGUAUGCGAGACGACAGUACCAAAAAGUAUUUCCAGUAUUGUUGCUGACAAUUUGUACCUAACUGAAGAUUCUACAGAUUCUUUUGGCCAUGAUGUACUCAUCAAUACUUUACCCAGUAUCAAAUUGGAGAAAUUUGGGGACAGACUUUACUAUUUCGGAGCCAUAUUUGAGGGAAACUAUUACCGCGCAAUACAGUUUUGCAAAUACCAUGACAUGGAAUUGUUGAGUAUAGAGAGUAAAGAAGAAAACGACUUCCUUUGGAAACAUAUGCAAUCUUUCCUUGGCUGGGGUGAAUAUUACUUUUGGACGUCAGGUACCACGAUGCCAGACGACCACUGGGUGUGGCUGUCUACAGGGAGACCGAUAAUUUUCGCCAACUGGUUCCCGAACCAGCCGGACGAUGCGGGAAAAAACGAAAAGUGCUUAGAAGUCAGGUACUCCAAUCACAACAAGGCGUUAAUGUGGAACGAUCACGUGUGCACCGAGGCCAAACACGUGAUUUGCGAGACGACAGUACCGAAAAGUAUUUCCAGUAUGGUUGCUGCGUACCCUGAUAGUUGUGUCCUCGACCUGCACGAAAUCCAAAGACAGAACCGCAUAACGACGCAGAUCUUGCAAAAUUACAUCGAGAAAAAGCUGUUCGGCCAAAAUCGGUCAACGCGUCCGCCCAGCAUCUGGGACAUUUUGCCAAUGCGGACCAGAAGAAAACCGCCCAAGGCCAAUAACAUCCAAGAGGCCAUCAACAGCCCCAACGACAACGAGACGUUGGUGAGCGGUGAAUCGGAAACGGUUUCCGCCUAUCGGGAUUUUCAAGACAUUGAAGAACAAGGCGAGUUUCAUUUGCCCUUCAGUCUCGAUACACUGUCAUUGGAACAAAAAACGUCGAAUAAAAAUUGCCCAAAUUGUAUAGAUGAUUCCCUACCAACGCCGAAUAGAUGGACGAUGCCACUUUUGAAGUUGGGAGAAAAACGAUACUAUCUAGGAAUAUUCUUCAAGGCGAACUACUAUCGAGCAACGCAGUAUUGCAGAUUUCACGGUAUGCACUUAGCCAGCAUCACAUCCCAAGAAGAAAACGAUAAACUAGAAAAAUACAUCAAAGACUUCGGUUUCGGCAACGACCACUUCUGGACAUCGGGCACCGACCUAGCCGUCGAGGGCAACUUCUUCUGGAUGUCCACCGGCCGACCAAUCACCUUCACCAACUGGAACGCAGGAGAGCCCAACAACUUCGAGUACGAGAACGGCGAGCAAGAGAACUGCCUCGAGCUGUGGAACAGGGACGGCAAAGGCCUCAAGUGGAACGACUCGCCCUGCUCCUUCGAAACCUAUUUCGUGUGCGAGGUGCAGUCCUGAAGGUUCAUCCAACCAGUUAUUCUUUGCCUGAAGUCCGCACGACACCGGAGAACCCAAACGAUCUUCGGUUCAAGUUGAAAAGCUUGGCAGCCAGCCAAAGCUUUCGAACGAUACUGUGCGGAACGACACUCGUUGACAUUUCACCGCAGAACUCAAAGAACCUGAACGCUCAUCCUAGCCUAGUAGACCGGUAGGUAGUUACAGAUUUUCGGACGUGAUUUCAGCCAUCAGUACACUGAGGAAAAUUGUGCUAUUUAGAGUUUUUGCUGAGAUAUUUCUUGCUACCAUUACAAGAAAUCAUAUUACCGUUCUACAUUUUCGAAUAGAAGCAGCACCUUGAAAUCCUAUGAUUUCAUUAACGACUUUGCUGAAAGUGAUUUUUUUAAUAAUAGUCGAGCUGAACUACUAGUAAGUUAUACCCAGCGAGCACAAACAUCCCUGG